AUGAGUUCAAUCAAACUUCCAUUUGAUCUCAAAAAUACAUUCCUUUUCCAUGACAAAUCCUAUGUCAAUGGAGAAUGGGUAGAAGCGAAAUCUGGCAAGCGCUUCGACGUUAUAGAUCCUGGAAAUGGUCAAGUAUGGGCCACAGCACCCGACAAUGAUGCAUCCGAUGUAGAUGCCGCAGUGCAAGCUGCUCACACGGCCUUUCAAUCUUUCAAGAAAGUGAAUCCCAGAACACGUGCUCAGUGGCUUUUGAAAUGGGAUUCUUUAAUUAGGGAAAAUAAGGAGGAUCUGGCUAAGAUUGUUACUUAUGAGACGGGGAAACCUAUCGCGGAGAGUAUAGGGGAAUUGGAUUAUGCAUUGGGGUUUACGUGGUGGUUUGCUGGGGAGGCGGAGAGGAUUACGGGGACGAUUCAGACUCCCUCAGCACCAGGUAGGAGAGUCUUCACUGUGAAACAACCAAUCGGUGUAGCUGCCGCGCUUGUCCCAUGGAAUUUCCCAAUUGCAAUGAUUCUGCGAAAGGCUGGAGCAGCACUUGCGGCCGGCUGUUGUAUGAUUGUGAAACCUUCGCCAGAAACUCCUCUUUCUGUGUUAUCUCUGGCAAUGCUUGCCGAACAAGCAGGAUUUCCAAAAGGUGUCUUCAGUGUCUUAACCACGAGUUUAGAUAAUACACCACUGUUGAGUGAGGCAUUGUGUCGUCAUCCGUUGAUCAAGAAAGUGACCUUCACUGGUUCGACAAGAGUUGGUAAACUCGUGGCAAAGUUGUGCUCCGAUGGAUUGAAAAAGGUAACUUUGGAACUUGGAGGCAAUUGUCCUUUCAUUGUAUUUGAUGAUGCAGACCUGAAUCAAGCCACUGAUGCCCUUAUGGCAUUAAAAUGGCGUCACGCCGGUCAAGCCUGCAUAACCGCCAACCGUGUCUACGUCCAAUCCGGCGUCUACGACUCAUUCGCCUUCCUCAUCAAAGAAAAGACCUCCAAACUUAAACUUGGCCACGGAGCCGAGAAUGGAACCACAAUCGGACCUCUCACCACCCCUCGAAGUAUUGAAAAAGCCACAAACCAAGUAGAAGACGCCGUCAAACACGGUGGAAAAAUCGUACUCGGAGGUGGCAAAGUCCAAGAUACCACUGGAUAUUUCUUCGAACCGACGAUUAUUUUGGGUGCCAAGAAAGAAAUGUUGAUUACGCAGGAAGAAACUUUCGCACCGGUAUUGGCGUUAUAUUCUUUUGAAACGGAGGAUGAAGCGGUGGAGGCGGCGAAUAAUACUAGUAUGGGAUUAGCAUCCUACUUCUUCACCAAAAACAUCGAUCGCACAUGGCGACUUCUCGAGAAUCUAGAAGCGGGUAUGAUUGGCAAUGCAUCAGCAGCCGAAUCACCAUUUGGAGGAAUCAAAGAAUCGGGUUAUGGAAAAGAGAGCGGGAAGGAUGUCGCGGUUGAUGAGUAUCUGAUUACGAAGACGGGGACGUUGUCUUUGGAGGGUCAUUAUUAG